CCUCGAGAGCUAGAGGACCUGGUUGACAUGCACGCCGCAUUCCUCACAGCGCUCUCACUUCACUACUCGCACAACGGCACAGCGAGUCCAGUGGAGCUAAGAGAAUUGCUCUCCGCGGUCACAAAGCACUGGAAGAAGCGAAGCGUAACACAGUCCGACAUUCAGCGCAUGCUCGCAUUCGGCACAAAUCAGGAUCGCGCAUUUAUCCUUGAAGACUGUGAAAGAGCUGGAAUCCGUCUUUCAAGAGCAGAGCCCAGAGGACGCGUCCUAAAGCGUGCUUCCAGCUACAUCAACGAAGAUGAAUUGAACACGCAGUUCGAGAACGCGCUACAGAAAUCCUGGCACAAUUGGCAAUCGAGCACUGCGAAGGAGAACAGAACUGCCGCAGCUUUUCUCGCCCAGCUUCCACUCCUCGACAUCUCGCAAAACGAGGCAGCAGCAAGAUCUGCUCCACUCUUCGCAAAAGGCGAACAACGCCUCGCAGACAUCAAAGCUGGAAGAGCAGCAAAGCUGGAGCCGAAGUCCGCGACACCAGAACCUUCAACUACCACCACCAAAGUCCCGCAAUCUUUACAAAAUCGCGGUACAGCUCUCCUCGAUCGCAUCCUCGCCAAGCAGAGCGCUGCAUCUUCCCUCCCAGCCGGCCCAAGCAAAGCCCAGCUCGAGCGAAGAUCAGCCCUGCAACGAAUCGAAGACGUAGCACGCAUCCUCUCCCUCAUGACCGGCACGAAAGAACGCGCUACCUUCAGCAUGCAGGUUGUCAUCCAGCAACUUCAGCAAAGUCUUCGAAGUCCAAUCAGCCAGGUCGAGGUGUGGAGGUGUUUGAGUGUGAUGAGUACGGAGAUCACACCGGGUUUCGUGAAAGUUGUGCAGAGCGGUGAAGUGCAGGGCGUUGUUGUUACGAAGAGUGGGAAUUUGGCUUUGAAUGAGUUGAGGGCGAGGGUUGAGCGGGCGUGUGCUUGAAAAAUACGGUAUUACUGUUGGCGAUGUGGUAUGACGUUACUGGUGGCAUACAUACAUAGCAUUGUGAGGGUUGAAUGGAAGCGUUUUGAUCACAUGUGCUGUGCUCAUUUUUCUCAAGCAGCCAGCUUGUUGAUGGCGUGGGCUUUCUCAUCAUGGCAUGACAAGUUUUCCCUCGACGCCAUGAUUUGUGCUUCCUGUAGCGAAGCGCUUGAUGUUUAUUAGGCAUCAGAGGUUAUACGCCGCACAGCGAGAUUACUACUACAUCC